AUGGGUUGCAAAUGCAGCAAAAAAACUGAAAAUACUCCCGAUCUGAGCUCAUUUGAGGCUACUUUUGGAGCCGAUCCAGAACUUCAAUCUCUAAGAUUGAAGCUCGAGCAACGCACCACCGGAGUUGUCACCACUCUCGCUACCGGCGGUAAGUUUCAAUAUCUUUCCUUAGACUCUCUCCGAGAAGUCCCCCGUUGUCUCCUCGAAAAUGACGAAGAAGUGGUGAACGCAGUUUUAGAGCACCAGAAAGAAAUUUGGGAUAACCCAGAACUGUCGGAUCUAGUGAAGGACUAUUUCAAGACUAAUCCAAAAAAAUUGAAAAUACUCCCGAUCUGNUUCAGCAAAAAAAUUGAAAAUACUCCCGAUCUGAGCUCAUUUGAGGCUACUUUUGGAGCCGCUCCAGAACUUCAAUCUCUAAGAUUGAAGCUCAAGCAACGCGCCAUUGGAGUUGUCACCACUCUCGAUACUAGCGGCCAGGUUCGAUCUCUUUCCUUAGACUCUCUCCGAGAAGUCCUCUGUUGUCUCCUCGAAAAUGACAAAGAAGUGCUGAACGCAGUUUUAGAGCACCAGAAAGAAAUUUGGGAUAACCCAGAACUGUUGGAUCUAGUCAAGGACUAUUUCGAGACCAAUCGUAAGAGUAUAGCCUGGUGUGAUUCUCUUGAAAAAUGCCUCAAACGAGCUCGUGGCAGGCACGUCAUUAUUCAAUUCGCAUUAGCACAAUUUGAUGAAGAGCACACAGAAAGAUCUCAUGGCGGAAAGACCUCGUAUUCAAAGACUUUACAAGAAUUCAAGAAUUUCAAGAUGGCCGGUGACUCAUUUGGUGAUGAGCAAGUGAAUGCAUGGAGGAAGGUGUCAAAUGUGCUAUUUGGGGUCACUUUUGCUGCGGUGGCCAUUUUCUCAGCGGUGGUGAUGGCCAUGGCGGCGCCACCAGCGGUGAUAGCGUCGGCCAGCGUGGUAUCGGGGCCAUUAGGGUCAGCGGGAGUUGGAAAGCUUGUGGAUAAGUUGGAUCAGAAGAUGAAGUCGCCGUCGGCUGCGAAUGAUCUUGGUUUGGAAAAAGAGGAGGCUGUGAUGGAGGUGGUGAAUGAGUUGAGGAACAAGAUAGAUGUGAUUAUGCCAGAGCUUGAUGCUUUGAUGGAGCGCGCUGCUAACUAUAGACAAGAAAUUAGAAAAGAUAUGGAGACUAUCUACGAUAAAAUUUGCCAGAAUCCUAAGAGUAGCAGCUGUUGUAGCAAUUUAAACUGCUUUACUUAG